CAUCAGUGUCACAAUAUGCAGGAUACGUGCUAUGUCAUCAGUGUCACAUCUAUGCAAGCAGCAAGAUGUCCUACUGAUGAGCUUUCUCUGUCCAACUGUGCUGUUGUGAAUGAAAAGGAUUUUCAGUCCGGACAACAUGUACAUGUGAGGACAUCACCAAACCAUCGGUAUAUCUUCACCAUAAAGACCCAUCAUAGUGUGCUACCAGGGAAUAUUGCUUUCAGCCUCCCUCAGAGAAAAUGGGCUGGCCUCUCUAUCGGACAAGAGGUGGAAGUUGCAGUUUACAAUUUCGACAAGACCAAACAAUGCAUCGGUACAAUGACCAUCGAGAUAGACUUCCUGCAGAAAAAGAAUGUGGACUCCAACCCUUAUGACACGGACAGGAUGGCUGGAGAAUUUAUCCAGCAGUUCAACAACCAGGCCUUUUCUGUGGGGCAGCAGCUGGUGUUCAAUUUCAAUGACAAACUUUUUGGCCUGGUGGUGAAAGACAUUGAGGCAAUGGAUCCAAGCAUCCUGAAGGGGGAGCAGUCCCCAGGAAAGAGACAGAAGAUUGAGGCAGGGCUGGUGGUGGGGAACAGUCAGGUGGUGUUUGAGAAGGCAAGCAGCUCCUCUCUGAAUCUCACAGGCAAAUCAAAGACCAGGCAGGAUCGCCAGUCUAUCAUCAACCCAGACUGGAACUUUGAAAAGAUGGGGAUUGGUGGUCUGGAUAGGGAGUUCUCUGACAUAUUCAGACGAGCCUUCGCUUCAAGGGUCUUCCCGCCGGAGAUUGUGGAGCAGAUGGGGUGCAAGCACGUGAAAGGUAUCCUACUCUUUGGCCCUCCCGGUUGUGGUAAAACCCUCAUGGCUCGGCAGAUUGGUAAGAUGCUGAACGCCCGUGAGCCCAAGGUGGUUAAUGGGCCAGAAAUUCUUAACAAGUAUGUUGGGGAGUCUGAGGCCAACAUCCGAAAGCUAUUUGCAGACGCAGAAGAUGAACAGAGGAGGCUGGGUGCCAACAGCGGACUACACAUUAUAAUCUUUGAUGAAAUAGACGCCAUUUGCAAGCAGAGAGGUAGCAUGGCGGGCAGCACGGGCGUCCAUGAUACUGUGGUAAACCAGCUGCUUUCCAAGAUAGAUGGUGUAGAGCAGCUCAAUAACAUCCUAGUCAUAGGGAUGACCAAUAGGCCAGACUUGAUAGAUGAAGCUCUCCUGAGACCUGGAAGGCUGGAGGUGAAAAUGGAGAUAGGCCUGCCUGAUGAGAAAGGCCGCAUACAGAUCCUCAAUAUCCACACAGUUCGGAUGAGAGAACAUAAGUUGCUUUCUCAGGAUGUCGACGUAUCCGAAUUGGCCCAAGAGACCAAGAAUUUUAGUGGAGCUGAGUUGGAAGGUCUGGUGAGGGCAGCACAGUCCACUGCCAUGAACCGUCUUAUCAAGGCUACCAACAAAGUAGAGGUUGAUAUGGAAAAGGCUGAAUGUCUCCAAGUGACGAGAGGAGACUUUUUGACCUCUCUGGAAAAUGACGUAAAGCCUGCAUUUGGAACGAACCAAGAGGAUUAUGCAAGCUAUAUCAUGAAUGGCAUCAUCAAGUGGGGUGACCCAGUAAGUCGUGUCUUGGAUGAUGGUGAACUGCUGGUCCAGCAAACCAAGAACAGUGAUCGCACACCACUGGUCAGCGUUUUACUAGAAGGUCCACCUCAUAGUGGAAAAACAGCACUUGCUGCCAAGAUCUCUGAGGAAUCUAAUUUCCCAUUCAUUAAGAUCUGCUCACCUGAGAAGAUGAUUGGUUUCUCUGAGACUGCCAAGUGCCAGGCCAUGAAAAAAAUCUUUGAUGAUGCUUAUAAGUCUCAGCUGAGUUGUGUUGUGGUGGACGAUAUAGAGAGGCUGCUAGAUUAUGUGCCAAUUGGUCCUCGUUUCUCUAAUCUGGUUCUUCAGGCUUUGCUUGUGCUCUUGAAGAAGGCACCACCUCAGCGUCGUAAGCUACUGAUCAUUGGCACCACCAGCCGUAAGGACGUCCUUCAGGAGAUGGAGAUGCUGGAUGCUUUCAGUACAACCAUCCAUGUACCAAACAUCUGCACAGGUGAACAGCUGAUGGAAGCUCUGGAGCUUCUGGGCAGUUUCAAGGACAAUGAACGGUCCAUUAUUGCUCAGCAUGUGAAGGGCAAAAAGGUUUACAUAGGGAUCAAGAAGCUACUCAUGUUAAUUGAGAUGUCCUUGCAGAUGAACCCAGAGUAUCGUGUUAGCAAGUUCCUUGCCCUGCUGAAAGAAGAGGCUACAGAACCAGUCCACCGUACCUACGAUUAACUGGUCACCCAUCCCUGCAGGGCAGGAGAACUGGAGGAGGAUGUCCUGUUAGAAUGAGAAACAUUCCACCCCGCACUGGCUGUUUCUAGGGAGGUCGGAUUCUUGAAGCAUACCACUGGCUCCUGUAUUUCCGUGUCACAUGGGGGAUGUGCAUGUAACGCUGAAGUUUGCUUUAUUAAAACCAUUCAGUGGUCUCUGAUCUAUAUUCAAUUCACUUAGCUCUUGAAAAUAUGAAUGCACAAGAGGGUGCUUUGGUGCAUCCAUCUUGUAAUAUCCUCCACCUUGAGCGAACUAUACUUUGAGCAUUCAGCUUCUGGUAGUAUGGAUGCAUGAGACCAGCUGCUUUGGUUUAGCCAUGUUGUAAUAUAAUAUUGUUAAGUUAUACACUGCAACAAUCCAGUGCUCUAGCCAUAUUUCAGCAGCCAUGUUGUACUGUUUCAUUUUUCUGUACUAGCACGAUGGAUGGUCAUUAAAUGCCUCACAGAUGCUGGGGAAAACUGGAGCAGCUUGUAGACUCUAAUGACGCAGUUUAGCCUUCCAAAUUCAUUUUUGCUAAAGGUAUUACAUUGUCACAUGGUAUUAAUUUGCUUCUAUUUUAUCACUCAAGGUAAACAAUUUGGGUUAAAAUUGAUCCAUCAGCUUCAAACAGUGGAGGCAGCCAUUUUGUGAGUUAAACUUAAAUAAUGUUGUUUUUCCAGUUCGCUAGUUCUUGGUAAUACCACUGAGGCAUAUGAAGUGCCUUAUGCCUCAGUGAUUUCACUAGUUCAUAGUGAAUGGAUAGGCUAUAAGGCUGUUCUGCUCACAACAUGUCUGUAGCACCGUGUGUAGGUAGUGGAUCCACUUUACGUAAGUAGAUGUCACUUAGUUGAUAUUGUAGCAUUGUGUUGUUGUUAUAGUUCUCACAUCGCAAGUCUCUGUGGACUGAAUAUAUGCUCACAGUGGAUGUAGAAAUGCUGUGCUGGUUUACUUUAUCCCUUUCCCCAGUUAGAGGUCCUGACAUAGGCCAUUCACACAAUUCAGUGUAUCCUUCCAACCCAUCGGUGUCUUCCUCCUAAAGUAACAAGUGCUGUGAUACUGUGGCUGCUUUUCUUCUCUUCAAAUUCCUUUCUUCAGCUUCCAGAUGUUCUAUUGUCCGUCCCACAGUAUGUGUAUAUUUUUAUUGUGGAUUUUAUGUUGUCAAAAUGAUCUGUGGGUUAUUGCAUCUGAACAAUGAUUGCAAUAAAGAAAUUAUUUAUCGGA